CGAAACGUUUAGCUGGAACCCAAAACGUAGUCAAACAAACGUUGGCUUUGAGAAGGAAAACUUGGAAUCUGAGUGAGGGGAAUUUGAACAGCGAUGAGAUGGAGUUUCUCAUAAGCAUUUUUACGUCGAGGCCUUUGUCACCUGCAUAUAUCCAAUCGCUGAAUUUGAGCUACAACAAUUUUGCAAAUCUACCUGGUUUUUAUUUGUUCCCAUUGGAGACCUUGACGCGCUUAGAAGUGAAAGACAACAGAUUGUCCUUUCUGCCUACAAGUAUGAGAUGCUUGAAAGGACUUCAAGAGGUGGACUUGAGAAAUAACCAACUGAAGAAACUUGAUGUGGUUAGAGAACUGCCUAAACUUAGAAAACUAUUUGUUGAAGGAAAUCCGCUCUCACUAAAAGAGAUCAGAAGUCUUAUGAAGCAUGUGGAUACGACUACAAGAACGAUCUUCGUAGACAUUGCAGCUGUAGCUCCUCCUGAAAUUUUGGCGCAAGGACAUUCCGCAAGACUGGUUUAUGAAGAGGCCCUUAAAGAUGGAUAUGUGAAUGUUUAUCGCGGUCGCAUAGUCUUGGUUGGCCAGGAUCGUGCCGGUAAAACAAGUUUAAAGAAGACUCUCUUAGGUCUUCCAUUUGACUUCAAGGAACAGAGUACGGGCGGGAUCGAAAUUGAGCCAUCAAAGUUCGAAAUUGAAGUUGAGCAAAUUAAGAACUGGACUCCUAGUUGUGCGAACGAGUCAAGUUUGUCUGAUUGUUCGGAAUAUACAACGGGUAUGGCAAAACUGUUAGCGACAGAAAGGUAUCACAUGAUUUUUCAUGAUGACAAGGAAGACUCGGAAAUGAAAUCCGUAGGGGCACGGCCUAAGGAAGAACGCAGAGUGGAGUCAGGAGAUGAAUUGCACACAAAACAUGUUGUCGCCGAUGAGGCCUCCAUGUACGAGGAUACGGCCACAAAGUUUCCAGAUAGAUCCAGGCCAUCAAGCGAAUUUCAUGAAGGAGAUAAUCCAAGCACAAAGUCCAAAAUAGCUAUCAACGCCACCGUACUUUCUAAUGCCGUUGAAAAACAGGCUGAUGAACUCUUAAAGAACAUGAUCGUUGAAGGUGUGGAUGCUGAUCGUGCAUACAUCGAGAAAGGAUCCUCGAUAACCGCAGAUUUGUGGGAUUUUGCGGGUCAGCACGUGUACUAUGCUGCUCACUCGGUAUUUCUUUCGUCAAGAGCUGUGUACAUCGUAGUUCACAACCUUAACAAGCCACUGAAUGCCCGAGCUCAGCCAUGUGCCAGACAGGGAACUCAUGAAGUAACUUUGGAGAACCCGAACAAUGAGACAAAUCUAGAAAAUCUGCUGUCGUGGCUUGUGACAGUUCAUAAUAUGAGACCAACUGGAGAAGAAAUGGUUGAAACGCCUAACGUGCUGCCCUAUCUCCGACCUCCAGUGUUCAUUGUUGGCACCCAUGCUGACAAGCCAUAUGAAGAUACUAAGGAUGUUACUUCCAAGAUACUUCGUGAGAUUUCCAGUAAGGAAUAUGGAAAACAUGUGAUCCGACCAUUCUUCUACAUUGAUAACACUCACAGAGACAAAUCAUUCGCGCGGAAAUUCUGGAAUUUCUUUAAAUUUCAAAGAAAUGCUCAAGCAGGUCAAGAAGGAGAAAAUGAUGGCACUAGUGCCGAUGGAAUUCAAGCUCUUCGAGCGAGAAUCCUGGAAGUACUUCGACAGGAACCUUAUAUGGGAGAGAAGAUACCAGUGAGAUGGUUCAACUUCGAAAAGGUCAUUGAAGCUUUAGUAGCUAAGAAUGUAUACCACACAAAUACUGUCCAUCUUCAAACCUAUGCCAAGGAUGUGUGUUUCAUAGAAGACGAUGAACAGUUUUACACCAUGUUGAAUUUCUAUCACGACUUAGGAAUGAUUGUGAAACAUCGCAGUACAGUCAUUCUCAAGGCGCAGUGGUUAAUCAGUCUAUUCAAGAAGCUUAUAACCAUCCCAGCAUUCAAGAAAGCGGAUCCUGUGCAUUCCAAGUACUGGCUGGAACUCGAGAGAAGUGGUGUCCUUAGGAUGGAGCUUGUUGAUCACGUUUUCUCCCCUCUUAUUCAGCAAGGCGUCAACAAGGAAGACAUCUUGGACAUGAUGGAGCAGUUCUGUUUGAUUGCCAAAUACUCACCAUCUCCGGCUGACGUUCAGUACUUUGUACCAUGUCAACUGAGGUCCUCGCCUGAAGAGCUUUGUAAAUUUGAGCCAUCAUCUACGGAUCCUUGUCCUUUGUAUCUUCAUUUCCAAGAAGGCUUUGUCCCGCAUGGUCUUUUUACUCGCCUUGUUUCAAAAUCGGUUGCUUGGUGUGGUGCAAGUGGAUCGUCACAGCCUCCAAAACUCUACCAGAAUGGUGCAUGGUUCGUUCUUGAAGGACGCUUCAUUAAUGAUAUGAUUAUGAUUUGCAAGAAGAAGUUCAUAAAAAUCCUCUUGAGACAAAGAAUGAAAAAUGACGCAGUUCCAUUGUCUAAUUCAACUUUGGCAGAGGUUGCUAGAAGUGUGCGAUUGUUUAUAGAGAGCAGUUUAGAAAAGAUGUCACAGGAGUUCCCAUACUUGAGCAGGAUGCAGCAUGAAUUUUGUGUUGAAUGCCCCUACUGUCAGCAAAGCGGUCGCAAGUGCGUAAACCACAACCAAGUGUCCUGUGGAGAAGAAGACUGCUUACACCUGCUUGAAUUAAGACAAGGUCAGGAUUUGAUCUGCAUGGAAAGCAUGUCUAAUAAAGUACUUACAGUUCCUGGACAAGAAAAAUGGUUGUUGUACCAGGAUUUGGCUCCGUCAGUGACAAGAACCUCACAAGUUGCAUCAGUACGUGGUCACCCAGCAAAGUGCGACAAAACUUUGAAAGUUACUCUUCUGGCCAGUGAGUGGAAUUCAUCAAGGGGGGGUUUGUCCACCAUCAACAGACACCUUGCCAUCCUUAUGGCCAAACGUAGCGAGGUGCAAGUCACUCUCUUGGUCCCACAAUUUGCUUGUUCUGAAGAAGAGAAGAGAGCUGCAGAAAGUCACAAGAUUGUCAUCAAAGAAGCAGAGAGACGUCCAGGCUAUGACCCUCUUGACUGGUUGAGCUUCCCUCCGGAAGACCUGAUAAUUGACGUGGUUGUGGGUCAUGGAGCCAAGUUAGGUAAGCAAGCCCAAAUCAUCAGGAAGUACCAUAGUUGCCAGUGGGUACAAGUAGUGCAUACUGCGCCUGAAGAGCUCGGAAUGUUCAAAAACUAUCCGAGAGCCAUUGCCAGAGGAGAAGAGAAGACUACAGCCGAAGUAGAUUUGUGUAAAUUGGCAAAUCUAGUUGUAGCGGUGGGACCCAAGUUGACGGAGGCCUACUCUGCCUAUCUUCGCUCAUGUGAAAAGCAGCAAGAUAUUAUGUCGUUCACUCCUGGUACAUUCAAAGAGUUUUCUACUCUAAAUCAAGCCUCAGUUGACUCUGAAAAGUUUAGGGUGUUGACCUUUGGUCGUGGUGACCCUGAGGACUUCGGUCUUAAAGGGUUUGAUAUCGCUGCUAAAGCAGUGGUUGAGCUGAAAGACAACUCCUACCAUUUGAUCUUUGUGGGUGCACCUGAUGAAAAACAGGAGGCAGUUACGGAAAAUUUGUUGCAGAAUGGUAUUUCUAAACGUCAGCUGACAGUGAGAGGGUUUUUGCAAAGCAAAGAGAAAUUGAAAGAUUGUUUUUGUGAAGUUGAUCUCUGUAUCAUGCCAUCCCGCACGGAAGGGUUCGGCUUAACCGCGUUGGAAGCCUUGUCAGCUGGUCUUCCCAUUCUUGUAAGUGGAAACUCAGGUUUCGGAGACGCUCUGCGCUCUGUACCAUCCGGCAAAUCUUUUGUGGUUGAUUCUGAGGACCCCAAGGUGUGGGCUGAGGCAAUUGCUGUUGUCCGAAAGAAGAAGAGACCAGAGCGUCUUAAAGAGAUUGAACGACUGAGAGCAUCUUAUGAGGAGCAGUUCAGCUGGAAGAAACAAUGUGACCUUCUUGUUGAUAAGAUGUGGGACAAAGUUGAUGGCGCAGGGCUGCUUGAACGAACUAUUCAGAAUCUUCAGGGGAUGCAACUCUGCGCAAGCACGGUUAACAACAGCACUACCUUGACAGAAGAGUUAACGACGAUUGUAUCAGAUAAGGGCCUCAGAAUUUCUGACAAUCAAGGGUCAGGAAACUGUAUGUUCCAUGCCUUGUCAGAACAACUAGAAAUCGUAAAAGGAAUCAAAAUCCAACAUGGCCAGCUGAGACAGUCUUUAGUUCAGUACCUCAUGGAAAACCCAAAACUGCCGGAUGGAACAGAUCUGUUUCACUUUGUCCAUGGCCAUGAAACAUGGGCUGAUUACUUAGCAUACAUGGAACAAGAUGGCGCUUGGGGUGAUCACCUCAUUCUCUGUACAGCAGCAAAUCUUUUUAAAACGUGCAUUCAUGUGGUCAGCAGUCUUGGCAAUGAUGUAGACAUCAGGCCACAUGAUCCUGUUGAUGAAAGCAAGCCACUAGUACUAGGACAUAUUCAUGAGGUGCACUAUGUCAGUCUUCAACCCAUACAAGCUUUUUCCCCAUACAUGAUCUUGCUGAUAAGGAAAGAUCUCGCUCAGGAAAAAUCUGAGUACCCCGUUGGGAUGAGUGUCCCUCUCAGCCCUGAUUUGGGCGGAUAUUACUUCACUAGCUGUGAGAUCGGGGCCGAGCCAGAUCAUAUACAAGUUUCACGCAGCUCGCAAUGGCGAUACCGGAAGGGUUCAAGAAAGUUAAAAAAGUAUUCACGGUAA